UCACUUAACCUUGUUAAUAUUUCAGAAAAUAAACUGUCCGGUGUCUGGGAGAAAAUACAGUGAACUUUUCUACUGUUAUGUCGAGUAUUCAAGACCCAAAUAGAAUGAAGGGUCAAGGAAACGGGGGCGGGGUCCGUGAGCCCCAGGGUCCAGAGUUUGAUUCAUGGCGACAUCAACAGCAAACCCAUCAGCAGCAAGGAUUCAAUCCCAUGUCAAGUCUAGCGUCUGAUCCCUAUGGAUUCUAUCAACAGUCACAAGCUUUUCAUCAUUAUCCUGGAUUUGGAGUCGGAGAAGGAACCUGGUCCAACGGUGAUCAUAUGACCUUCCUGGGCGGAUAUGGAGGUCAGCUUGGGGCGGAGCAGCAGUUUAGUAUGGAUACUGCAACCAUGUUUGGUGCAGGAGGAGGGUUCGGAGCUUUCACCCAACCCGCAGGAUACGGAUUUGAUUUCCACGCUGGCUCCGCCGGAUACUCUCAGUGGGGAUCGGCGGCGGCCGCCGCUGCGGGGAGGACAGGAGAACAGUACUAUCGUCCAGAGCAAUACCAUCAGGCCCAAGAUGGACGGGGACGUGUUCCUACAGCUGAGCAGAGUAUGCUAGGUUUAAACCUAAGUGGAACUCAUCAAAUAGAAACCAAGGAACCUAAACAAGGACACGAACCUUCUGAACCUGUGAACCAAGGCGGAGAAUCUAACGGCUCGGCGGGUAGUGGAGGCGGAGGCCAGGCGAAAAAAAUGUCAUGGGCAAGUGUAGCAAGCCAACCUGCAAAACCUGCUCCGCCCGCGGGAAAAAGUAAGAAACCCGGUGUUUUAAUGCCCCCCGUACUUCCUGGUAAACCUAACCUGGACAUUGGCACUUGGGAUGCAAGUAAACAAAAUGGAGGUCCACAUCCGCUUAUGAAUAUUCCUCCGCCUUUGGGCCCCACCGUGGGGCCAGGCGGACAGCGUGGCGGAUGGGCCGGUGUAGCCGGUCCUCGCGGCGGUAGACCCCCUACCGGCGCUCCCGCACCUGUCAUGGGUAAUGGACUCAAUCAUGUGACGAUGGCUGGACCGCCGCCGCCCUCCCAUCCGGUUCUGGAUGAACUGAAAUCGGUCAACGAUUAUAAUCCGCGGGAUUUUGAUCUAAAUCCACGAAACUCGCGCUUUUUCGUUGUGAAAUCUUACUCUGAAGACGAUAUUCAUAGGAGUAUUAAAUACGAGAUUUGGUGCAGCACAGAACACGGAAAUAAACGCCUUGACUCUGCUUUCAGGGAAAGAGAGGGGAAAGGAAAUGUUUAUCUCUUUUUCUCUGUGAAUGGAUCAGGACAUUUUUGUGGGAUGGCCGAAAUGUUGAGCGGUGUGGACUAUAAUUCGUCGGCCGGAGUUUGGGCGCAAGAUAAGUGGAAAGGACAAUUUAAAGUGAAAUGGAUAUAUGUGAAAGAUGUUCCUAAUGCACAGCUACGACACAUACGGUUGGAGAACAAUGAGAAUAAGCCUGUAACUAAUAGCAGAGAUACACAGGAAGUUCCUAUAGACAAGGGAAAGCAGGUGUUAAAAAUCCUUCAUGGGUUUAAACACACGACAAGUAUAUUUGACGACUUUAUUCAUUAUGAGAAGAGACAGGAGGAGGAUGAGGGUAGGAGGCAACCUCCACAGAAUGGUGAUCGCCGGAGUGAUAAACGAGGAGACAGAGACGAUGGCCGCCGAGACGAUGGUUCAGGACGUCCGCACAGAGAUGGCGGUCGUCGAGAUAGAGACGAUGGACGACGUGAUGACGGUCGUGAUCGAAGAGACGAUCAUCGAGAGCGACGUGACGACGGUCGUGAACGUCGGGACGAUGGUCGCGAUGAUCGAGGAGAUCCUAAACUUGAACGGAAGAAGUAGUUCCGAAACCGGAGAAAUACGGAAGAAAUGCUAUCGAAUCGGAUGAAAUUAAACUUCCGUAGCUAACGUCGAAAUCCCAAGUCUAUUUUAACAUUUAACUUUCAAACAAAUUACUAAUAAUUGUUUCAAAAUUCAUUUAGUCUUCAAAAAAGUAUCGGAUGUGAUUUGACCUUUCGGGAAGUUUAUUAGGGGACUCCAUUCUAAAAAGUUCUCAAUUUGCUGUGGGUUUUUUUUCCAGGGGUUUAAAUCAGGUGAAAUUUAAAAUUUAAUCAGCAAUGUGAUUUUCACCUUGAUUUAUUCUUAAAUUCUUAUUUAAACACUUUAUUGCAAGUCCUGAUUUAUCCUUUCUAUUUGGGAUAUUUUCAAUCUAUUUUUUCGAUUUUAUCUUUUUUAAACAAUUUGAAAAGUUCUCUGGAGACGAGGGAUGUCUUAAGCUUGGCAAAUUUUUGCGCAUUUUUGCAAAUUUUUCGGGGAUUUUCAGCUUGAUCUAAUUAUUUAACUGUGUGCUAAUUAAUAAUAUUAUUUCUGGAUGUAACCAACACUUUGUCUUUUAUUUACUAAUACCUAUUGUUUCUUCUCGUAUCAGACAAAGUGAACGAAAAGUGAUUUUGAAAGACCAUCAGUGAAUGAAGCUAAAUAAAGACCCUAAAACGGAUGAAAGACCUCUAAAACAGACCUUCUGUUUAUCAAAGAAAGAGUGAAUUGUCAGAUGUUGGCAAAAAAAAUUGUGCAUUUUUAGCAUGACGUCAUCUUAACCUAAAGACUCACAUAAAGAUUCAUUCAACCCCACACGGUGACCCGGACAUUGAUGCAAACAUAAACAUUUUUCAAUUAAUAUGUUUUAAAUUUUAUGAACCGUUAGUUUUGUUUUAAUUACAAGCUAUACUAGUUAAAAUAAACCCCAGUGAUUCAAAUAA